UAUCAGGUAUCAGCAAAGAGAUCAGGUAUCAGCAAAGAGCAGAGCACCCCGUCCCCAGCACCACUACCAUUUCCUAUCUUAGUAUGUUAUCCAUUGAGACAUAGCAUUUCAUAACAAUAACAACACUUAAAGGAACACUUUUUGCUUUACCCUUUCGAAGCUUCAAUCCUCCGCGACCCCCAAGUGAUGAAAUUGCACGCUCUAACUCUCAUAUAUCACCUCUUGUGCCCACUGUAGCACUUUUUACCCAAGUGGGGGGUUUCAUGUUGUUUUCAUGGAGCUCAUUGCUGAGCUUGGUUUGAUGCACCAUCAUCAUCAUCAUCAUCUUCACUACCGCCACCAGCACCUUUUUCGCUGUGCUAGUAGUCCUUUUUUCUAUACCCCUUUUGUGUUUCCUCCAAAGAGGUUCCUCUCACUGGACAUAUGCCAUACCAUACCACUGCAUGGCGUAUACAGGAUCAUAUACUGUAUGAAGAACCACAAAUCAGUGAGAAGAUUAACAGCAUUGCCAGCAUCAAAAGGGAAGCAAACCAAAAAUGUUGAUGAACUAUGCAAGAUUAUUUGGACUGUAGAAGCUGAUUUAGAAGAUGGUCACCUUCUGUACAUAACCGGUGACCCAGCUGUAUUGGGCUGCUGGAAACCAAAGAAAGCUGUUCUAAUGUCUCCUACAGAACAUGCAAAUAUAUGGAAAGCUGAAUUUGAGAUUGCUUCGGGCUUGAACUUCAAAUAUAAUUAUUUCAUUAAGGGAAAAUCGAAAUCCUCAAGCAAUGUUAUUUGGAAGCCAGGACCAGCAUUCUCUCUGUCAUUACCCCUUACAGUCCUUGGUGAAAAUAAAGUUAUGGUGAGGGAUGUGUGGAUUAGGACUAGUUCCCAUGUGUCUUCAGCUCAUACAUGGUUCCCCUGGAUAGAGGAAACAUAUUUUCCGGAGCAUCCAUCUAGUCAUUUACCAGUCAAAGAUGAUGGAGAGAUUGCGAGUCUCUUUAAAAAUGACGUGUUAAAGUCAGAUAUAUUCAGUUUGGAAGAUCAAUUGUACUACGACGAUGACAAUAUGGACAUGGAGAGCAUGGAUGAUGAGGAUUCACAUUCUACUAAUAUUCUUUCUGAGAAUUACCAGCCUCUGGAGGAACCCUGGCUACUCCUUUCACCCCCUUUUUCUGUCUCUAAGGAUAGAAAGGAAUCCAAUGAAGUUGAAACUGAUAACACUGUAGAAGAGCCAGUGAAGUUGGUUGAUACAGAAAAAUUAUUACCUGAAGACAGUACUAAUGUAACUUCAAAAGAUCCUGUUUCUACUGUUAUACUUAUUAACUCUUCAAUAUGUACUAUGCAAAGAAUUGCAGUAUUGGAAAAUGAUAAAUUGGUUGAGUUAUUAUUGGAACCUGUCAAGAGUAAUGUGCAGUGUGACAGUGUAUAUGUUGGGGUAGUCUCAAAACUUGUUCCUCAUAUGGGUGGGGCUUUUGUGAACAUUGGGAGUUCUAGACCUGCCCUUAUGGACAUUAAGCAAAACAGGGAGCCAUUUAUAUUCCCACCAUUUCGUCAAAAGACGAAGAAGCAAAAACUUGAUAUCAAGGAUAAAAAUGAUCAUGAGUCUCAUGAUGCUGAUGUCUCUGAUGGAAUAUCAGACAUCUAUUCUGAGGAUGGUUGCUUAAAAUCUGUACACAAUGCCUAUGAUGAGCAUGAAGGAGAGGAUGAUUUUUAUAUUACAGAAGUUCUUAAGGAAAAUGUGAAUGGUAGCUUGAUUGAUGAUGAAGUAGAAGCUGACUUUGAGGAUGACAUAGAGGGAAGUGAAAUCCAUAUAGACGAAACUAGCAACAGCCUUCUUGGUUUUGGCAUGAAUGGUUCAGUCAACUCUCAUAUAUUACAAACAAAAGAUACAGAGAAAGCAGCUCAUGUGGCUUCUGAAGAAAACAAAUGGAUCAAAGUUCGCAAGGGAACCAAAAUCAUUGUCCAAGUUGUUAAAGAGGGCCUUGGUACUAAGGGUCCCACUCUGACUGCUUAUCCUAAACUAAGAAGUAGAUUCUGGGUGUUGAUUGCACGUUGUGAUAAAAUAGGAGUCUCCAAAAAGAUCUCUGGUGUUGAGCGAACAAGGUUGAAAGUUAUUGCAAAGACACUGCAGCCUAAGGGUUUUGGUCUCACUGUAAGAACUGUUGCUGCUGGUCAUUCUUUAGAAGAGCUGCACAAAGACUUGGAAGGUUUGCUCUCAACAUGGAAAAAUAUAGUCGAACAUGCAAAAUCUGCUGCUCUUGCUGCGGAUGAAGGUGUGGAAGGAGCUGUUCCUGUUAUUUUACACCGGGCAAUGGGUCAGACUCUCUCAGUGGUUCAGGAUUAUUUCAAUGAAAAUGUUAACAGGAUGGUGGUUGACUCUCCAAGAACAUUUCAUGAGGUGACCAAUUACCUGCAAGAAAUGGCCCCUGAUCUAUGUGAUCGAGUAGAGCUGUAUGAUAAAAAGGUUCCCCUUUUUGAUGAAUUCAACAUUGAGGGAGAGAUUGACAAUAUCCUUAAGAAAAGGGUUCCACUUGCUAAUGGAGGUUCUUUAAUCAUUGAACAAACUGAGGCAUUAGUUUCUAUUGAUGUGAAUGGAGGACAUGGGAUGUUUGGUCAUGGAACAUCACAGCAGAAAGCUAUUUUAGAUGUCAACCUUGCAGCUGCAAAACGAAUUGCAAGGGAGUUGCGAUUACGGGACAUUGGAGGGAUCAUUGUAGUAGAUUUCAUUGACAUGACAGAUGAAGCAAAUAAAAGAUUGGUAUACGAAGAAGUCAAGAAAGCUGUUGAGAGAGACAAAUCCAUGGUGAAAGUCUCUGAAUUGUCAAGACAUGGACUCAUGGAAAUAACACGAAAGAGGGUUCGACCAAGUGUGACAUUCAUGAUUAGCGAACCAUGUGCUUGUUGCCAUGCCACAGGCAGGGUUGAAGCUUUAGAGACAUCGUUCUCCAAAAUUGAACAACAAAUCUGUCGGUUUAUUGCAACAAUGGACAUUAAGGCAGACAGUAUAAGCCCCAAGUCAUGGCCAAAAUUUAUUCUGAGAGUUGACCAUCAUAUGUGUGAGUACUUAACUUCAGGGAAAAAGACAAGGCUUGCAACAUUGAGUAGUUCCCUCAAAGUCUGGAUUCUUUUAAAGGUUGCUAGAGGGUUCACGAGAGGAGCGUUCGAGGUUAAACCAUUUGUAGAUGACAAAGGAGAGAAAAACCAGCAUCAAGCUCCAAUUUCAAUGCUGAGAUCCUCAGAGGCCAGUACCAAAAAACCUGGCCAAAAGUUGACAAUUGUUCCAGUUAAGAAAUCAAAAGCUAGGGGAAAAUAAAUAUCCCUUUUUUCCCCUGGGGUGGUUCUUGAAACAGGCUUAUUCUUCCCCUCUGUACACAUUUUUUUUGUUUAUGCUAUAUAUAUCAUGUUAGGAUGAAGGAAACCGCAGCUGCAGGUCGAAGAUCGGAAACAGAUUUGGUUAGACCUUUGAGGGUGAAGUUACAGGGAACAGCUUUGAGGCAGAUAUAUACCAUCUACAUGUGAGAAAAUUUUGGUUGUAAAUUGCAAUUUGUAACGGUUCAUUUCAUGAGUAGUUUCUAGCCAAAGUCUAGGCUUUCACUUCACUAGUUAUCUACAAAAAUAAUGAGAAGAUUAACUAGAAAAAAAAUCAGAUUUUGUUCAGGGCUGCUGGCCUUUUAUCAUAAUGAACAAUAGCUUGAGUAGAGUCAUUCAAUGGCAUGGCGUUUGUAAAUUUGUAUAACUAACGAAAUUUGAAGACCAGUUACCUUGUCAAUGUUUUU